AUGUCAGCGUCGACUCAAAAAGUUACCAACCUUUUCCAAGUGUAUCUUCGACUUCGACCGCCACAAAGUGGAGCUUGUGCCGCUGGAGGGCGCUUCUUGGCGGUUGAGCAACCAGAAGACGACAGCACCACGCCCAAGCACAUCACGCUGAACCCUCCCAACGAUCGACGGCGCGCCAUCGAGAAGUUUGCCUUCACGCAGGUCUUCGAGGAGGAUGCGACCCAGCUGGAUAUCUUCCACUGCACAGGUGUGGCCAACCUCGUCAAGGGAGUGCUAGCCCCAUGCGGCGGAGAUGGGACCGAUGCCUUACUGGCAACGCUGGGCGUGACAGGUUCGGGCAAGACCCACACCAUCCUCGGAUCAAAGUCACAGCGCGGCAUGACCCAGCUCGCUCUCGAUGUCGUCUUCCGCUCGAUCGGCCAAAAUCUCCUCAGCUGCGACUCCCAUCCGAACCUCGAAAACUCUAUCAUUGCAUCCGACUGCUCCGAAGCGGCUAUCUACUUGGCCCCGGCAUAUAUAGACAGCGUGUAUGCCGAUGCGCCAGCAGCCUUACGCGCUAGUUCAAGAGCACCCACACCCCUGAAUGUAGGACUUUCUCAGUCUUCUCCCCAGCCACUUUCCCAGCCACAGCUCGGUCAACAAGAACAGAGCGACCCCAGUGGGUCGGAGCUGGCUCCGAGGCAGAGGAGCGUGCGCAUAGUCAGCCGGGAAGACUCUGUAGCCCCACCAACACCGCCUUGCACCCCUGGGUUGGAGAGCAAGGGCCAGGGACAUGAGAGGACAGGCCGUGAUCGUGGAACUGCUUUUGCGUGUAGUAGUGCCCGCACAUGCUUCGAAACUCGCCAUCCCCAGUGCCAGCAAGUGCGAAAGACCAGUGCUCAACGACAGCAAGGGCCCAAGAAUUUUAUGGCCCCGACAACCUCCAUCCGCUUGAAGACAAAUACUAAGACAGAAUUGCACUCUCAGGGCGAAUCUAUCGGGCCAGGACAGACUCCAUCGCGCCGACUCCAUCGACCGUCGACCUUUCCGCAGCAGCCCGAUGUCAGCGCCCUCUCCGUGUCGUGCGAUCCUUCUUCCGAGUACGCCGUCUUGAUUUCCAUGUACGAGGUGUACAACGAUCGGAUUUUCGAUCUCUUAACCCCCGCAAUCAAGUCAGGAGCCACAAAAGAGUACCGCCGCCGCCCUCUGCUAUUCAAGUCGACCGAGGCAUCCCCUGACCGGAAAGUUGUCGCCGGGCUGCGGAAGGUGAUUUGCGGUAACCUGCACCAGGCAUUAAUGGUCCUGGAAGCGGGGCUGCACGAACGCAGGGUUGCUGGAACUGGGAGUAACAGCGUGAGCUCUCGCAGCCAUGGUUUCUUCUGCGUCGAGGUCAAGAAGCGGACCAAGGGCAGCCGAAGACAGGGGGCUGAAGCGCCAUGGGGCGGGAGCAGUCUCACCAUUGUCGACCUUGCCGGGAGUGAGCGAGCCAGAGACGCGAAGACUGCGGGCGCCACACUCGCUGAAGCGGGCAAAAUCAACGAGAGUUUGAUGUAUUUGGGUCAAUGUUUGCAGAUGCAGAGCGACGCAGCAAACAAGGACAAGCCCAAUUUGGUUCCCUUCCGCCAGUGCAAACUAACCGAGCUACUCUUCUCCAACUGCUACCCACCUGCAACGGCCUACUCGUCAGCCAGGCACCGAAACCCACAAAAGGCCGUCAUGAUCGUCACCGCCGAUCCCAAUGGCGACUUCAACGCAACAUCCCAGAUCCUCCGCUACAGUGCGCUCGCCCGAGAGGUCACUGUCCCCCGCAUUCCCAGCAUCACGCAGACGAUCCUCAGCACGGCUGCGCAAGCGCCACAGCCCUGCUCGAAUCCUUUCCCGUCUCCAACGCUCACCCGCCCACUCUCGCCUCUCGGGUCGAGCUCAGUCAGUUACCCACAGCUCCUUUCGUCGCCCAACAUUGUCCGCAAUGUCUCGCCCAUGGGCAGCAGUCCCGGCAACGACGUGCACCGCACGACCAUGGAGGCUGCGGCGCUCGAGAUCGCCCGCCUCUCGGAGGAAGUGGAAUACCUACGCCGGGCGCUCGACGCGGAGCGGGCCGCGCGGCAAGAGGCCGAGGCGCACCUCCUGUCGACGGAGGACCGCAUUAUUGAGCUGGAGCAGGCGAUUCGCGAGGACUGUACCAACGAGUUUGAGCGCCGGCUUGAGAUUGAGCUGGCCAGGUUCAGGGCGACGAUGCAAGUUGAGAUAGAGCGCGGGGAGGAACAUUGGGGGAGGAAGAUUGAGGUGUUUGAGAGGAGUAUGGGCGGUGGUGUGCUGGGUGGUUGGGGAUCGGAUGAUGAAGGGUUCGACGGGGACGAGGAUAAGGAAAAUGUUUUGGUGGAGGAUGUUCACCAGGAGAAUGAGCGGCUGCGGAGAGAGAAUGAAGCGCUGAGGCGGGAGCUGGUGGGAAUGAGUCUAACCAAGAGGAUGCCGCUUCAGGAGAGGGGAAGUGAUGCGAGCAUGGCGUCCAGGGGUAAGCCCGCAACGGCGGACACGGGGAGUCCGCGGUCGGCACGUGUGGGUGCGAGAAGUGGAGAUGGGCGUGAUAAUGAGGCGACCUUGAGGCUGCGGUUGGAGAAGCUGCGCGUUAGUGGUGCCCAGGCCUCUGUGCGCAGCUUUGGGGCGGCGAGUCUCAGCCCCAAGAAGAUGAGGAAGUUGGCGGCCAAGAGAUGGAAUGCGGUUGGUGAUGAUGACGACUUGUUUGGAGUUUAA